GGACUGUAAACCCACGAAGUCACGGGCUAGGUGGAAGCAAAUCUGCAAGCUCCUUGAGGAGGCGGGCCCGCUGGCCCAGGCUUGGGGAGGCAACUGAGCUUCGGUUCCUACCUGUGGCUGUAGGACCCCACCAGAGACUUGCUUGGUUUGGAACGACCUGGUGCAUGGGGAGGCGGGCUGGGGGCUGGAGGAGAGCCACUGUGAACGGGGGCCUGCUCACUUAGCCAGUUGUGGGGACCUGCUUCCUGGGUUAGAGUUGAGAUGGGGGUUGAAUAUCUGUGUGUCAAGAAGUGCCUCACGAGGCUCCAGUCAUUGAGAUCCAAACUUGUGGGAGAGCAUCUGGGUGGCCAGGGUGUCUGUAUGCCAGAGACCUUAGGCUGCUCUCAAAGAGGCACGGGUGGUGAUCCAAUUGGGUGGGGUCCGGGCUUCUCCGAGGUUGGAGGAGCUAGCUAGCUAUGGAGUAAGUCUGACCCGUGGAGAAAGGGGAAGGCAGGAACUCAGGCUGCUGUGAGCAGAUGGAGCCAGGGAAAGUGAAAAACUUCACCGGAGACAGUGGGCAGGGUACGGUUUUAGGUUUCGGUGGGACAGAGAUUGUAAAUUAAUUAUUCCCAUGAUGAGUACCUAAAGGGGUGGCACAUCUGUGGAAAGCAAAGCUGGGGCAGAGACCAGGACGUCAGUGGCCAUGGCCAUCACCCCUAGCCAUUCCAGGAGAAAGCCGCCUCCUUAUUCCACAGCCUUUUCCUGGUCCCCUCUCCUUGAAGUCAUCUCACCAGUAUAGGGUGGGGCAGCCCUUUGGGUGCCGUUUCUGACCAGACCAUGGGCCCCGGUUGAGUGGCCCAGAAAAGUUUGGAAGAAAUGUCUGUAGCCCCAGCCUGCUGACAGUCCUGUUGAAGCUCAUGGCUCCCCACCUAACCACCCCCACCCAAGAAGAGAAUUGUGUCCAUCAGACAAAAAAAAAAAAAAAAAUCGAGGUCAUUGUGAGAUCUGGGGAAUUCUCUGAGUUUCCACUCGGCACACCCUGUCCUGGUCCCCCGUGACUGACAGAUCAUACCUAUUAGACAACAAUCGGGACUAUCAGCCAGGAUGAGCUUGAAGAGUGUGAGCCAUGAGGCUGAGAGCCAGGAGUCAGCCACAGGUAGGGUUAAGGGGCUGUCUACAGAUAGUGUAGCGAUUGCUUUAGGGCCUGGAUUUGGCAUGCAGUUUCCAGACGGAAAUUCAGACAUUACCACCCCGUAACUGGAAGUCCCUGGGAUGGGGGUCUGCAUCCAUCUGUCUCCAUCUCUGCACUCUGCCGGGCCCUAGCUGUUGGGAACUGACUUAUCCCAAACUCCUUAGUCAGCAUUCUCCUCAAAUGUUCUUUAGGUACACAUGCACAGCAUGGUGGGAAGGUCUGGAAGACACAUCGGCCACCUGUAUGUCCCUGCACAGCUGCUGACCCCUUUGCUCCAUCUCUUAGGAGUCUGUGGAGACUCCGUCAUCAUGGCUUGUUUCAGUUCCUAUCACCUUCAGAAAGAACUCAGGAUAGGUACAAUGACAUUCUCAGUAAGACCCAGGACUGAAGUCAAACCCACGUGGAGAAGCAAAGAGCCCUGUCCACACACACCCAGCUCCCUGCUUUUCCCAGCACUUUCCACAACCGGACUUGGUCCUCACAAGCCCAGGAUCACCCAUUUCACUGAGGUACAGAGAGGUGACACCCUCUUCUACAGUACCAUAGUGGGCCUAGGGGGAGGUAGAAGCAUCUGCUUGUGGCAUGGGACUAAGCCUUAGAGCGACAACUCAAGUCUUUUUCUCUUGGAAGUUCAAGGUUAUUUUCUGCCAUCCAACAAGCUUGGCCCAGAAAAUCCAUCCAUCCAUCCAUUCAUUCAUUCAUCCAUCCAAGUGGUUCUAGCACUAACUCAAGCCUAUGGCAGAGAAAUGCUCACUAUGUAUUGUAGUGGGCUUCGAUACAGUGGCAUGCCAGUAGGUACAGCCAGUUCUCUAAGAAAGAGAAAAGCCUGAUUUGUAGUUUUUGCCCAUUUCUGCAGUGUAAAUACUCCUAGGCACGGCUGUUUUCAGGCUAACAUCGCUAUGUGCAUGGACGUAGAGUUAAGAGACAGUGUCCGCUCUGUAGAGUUUACCCCUUUUUCUCUGAGCUAGGCUUCUAUCCUGAUUCCCAGGGUUCUUAGUGGUUCUCUCUAUUUGCUUUGCCCUUUUUCAACGUUAUCCCUAGUUUCAGCCAGCCCUCAUCCUUUCCCAAUUCUGAUACCUGCUACAGCCAACUGUGUCUCUCCAGUGUUGUGGAAGCAAGACCCUAUGUGUCUAGAAAUCUCCAUGAUGCUGGCCACACGGGGGAACCCUGGAUGUCCAAGAGCCUGGCUAUCUUUCCCUGAUGCUGGCUCCAGAGAUUGCAAGGAUGCUGACUGUUCCGGAAAUGGGCCUGCAAGGGCUGUAUAUCAGCUCUAGCCCAGAGAGAUCCCCAGUACCCAGCCCACCCGGCUCCCCGAGGACCCAGGAGAGCUGUGGCAUUGCCCCCCUCACCCCUUCACAGUCCCCAAAGCCGGAGUCCCGAGCUCCACAGCAGGCCUCCUUCUCUGUGGUCGUAGCCAUCGACUUCGGGACCACAUCCAGUGGCUAUGCCUUCAGCUUUUCCAGUGACCCUGAGGCCAUCCACAUGAUGAGGAAAUGGGAGGGGGGAGACCCAGGCGUGGCCCACCAGAAGACCCCGACUUGUCUGCUGCUGACCCCAGAGGGUGUCUUUCACAGUUUUGGUUACACUGCCCGUGACUACUACCACGACCUAGACCCGGAGGAGGCUCGGGACUGGCUCUACUUUGAGAAGUUUAAGAUGAAGAUCCACAGUGCAACUGAUCUUACCUUGAAGACAGAGCUAGAGGCCGUGAAUGGGAAGAAGAUGCUGGCCCUGGAGGUGUUCGCCCAUGCCCUCCGCUUCUUCAAGGAGCACGCUCUUCAGGAGUUGAGAGAGCAGAGCCCCUGCAUGCUCGAGAAGGACACUGUGCGCUGGGUGCUGACAGUGCCUGCCAUCUGGAAACAGCCAGCUAAGCAGUUCAUGAGGGAGGCUGCCUACCUGGCUGGCCUGGUGUCUCGAGAGAAUGCAGAGAAACUCCUCAUUGCUCUGGAGCCUGAGGCUGCCUCUGUCUACUGCCGAAAACUUCGCCUGCACCAGCUCAUGGACCUGAGUAGCCGGACUGUAGGCGGUGGGCGCCUGGGUGAGCGCAGGUCCAUUGACUCCAGCUUUCGACACGCCCGGGAGCAGCUGCGGAGGUCCCGCCACAGCCGAACGUUCCUGGUGGAGUCUGGUGUAGGAGAACUGUGGGCAGAGAUGCAAGAAGGAGACCGCUACAUGGUGGCAGACUGUGGAGGUGGUACUGUGGACCUGACCGUACACCAGCUGGAGCAGCCUCAUGGCACUCUCAAGGAGCUCUACAAGGCUUCUGGCGGCCCUUAUGGCGCAGUAGGGGUGGACCUGGCCUUUGAGCAGCUGCUCUGCCGCAUAUUCGGAGAGGACUUCAUCGCCAAAUUCAAAAGGCAACGGCCAGCAGCCUGGGUGGAUCUAACCAUUGCCUUCGAGGCCCGCAAGCGCACUGCAGGCCCACACCGUGCGGGAGCACUCAACAUUUCGCUUCCCUUCUCUUUCAUUGACUUCUACCGCAAACAACGAGGCCACAACGUGGAGACAGCCCUGCGCAGGAGCAGUGUGAACUUUGUGAAGUGGUCCUCACAGGGGAUGCUCCGGAUGUCCUGUGAGGCUAUGAAUGAGCUGUUCCAGCCCACAGUCAGUGGGAUCAUCCAACACAUAGAGACGUUGCUGGCUAGGCCUGAGGUACAGGGCGUGAAGUUGCUAUUCCUGGUGGGCGGCUUUGCAGAGUCGGCUGUGCUGCAGCAUGCGGUACAGACAGCACUGGGCACCCGUGGCCUGCGCGUUGUGGUCCCGCACGACGUGGGUCUCACCAUCCUCAAGGGAGCAGUGCUCUUUGGCCAGGCGCCCGGUGUGGUGCGGGUGCGCCGCUCCCCUCUCACUUACGGCGUGGGCGUGCUCAACCGUUUUGUGCCUGGUCACCACCCACCUGAGAAACUGCUGGUUCGGGAUGGGCGCCGCUGGUGCACUGAUGUCUUUGAGCGCUUCGUCGCAGCAGAGCAGUCGGUGGCCCUGGGAGAGGAGGUGAGGCGCAGCUACUGCCCUGCGCGCCCCGGCCAGCGGCGUGUGCUCAUCAAUCUGUACUGCUGCGCUGCGGAGGACGCACGCUUCAUCACUGACCCUGGCGUGCGCAAGUGUGGCGCACUCAGCCUGGAGCUUGAACCUGAAGGCUGCCCGGAAAACACAGGCACGUCCCCCAACCGCCGUGAGAUCCGUGCUGCCAUGCAGUUUGGUGACACCGAGAUUAAGGUCACUGCUGUAGAUGUUAGCACUAAUCGUUCUGUACGGGCGGCCAUCGACUUUCUUUCCAAUUAAGGGUGCCCCUUUUGGUGGGGACAGAAGAACAUGCUAGUUUUCACAGUGGCGCCCCUUUCUCCCCACCCUGAGAGAAAUGUGGUAACAUGGAGACUCAACUCGCGUUGGGAUUGGGCCUUGGUCUACUGAUUGGAACACUAAAAGAACGCCAAGAGGUGAGGUGGUAUAAGAGACUUCGAAGGUUAGAGGGUGAGCCUGGCUUAUAAGUGUAUGACCACGAAGAUAGACUACAACAGGGGACUAAACACUGGCCUGAACUUGAGGGUUGAGGGGAAGGUUAAGUAAAAUUGCUGAGGAGCCGCGCGAGGUGCAGAACCUGGGCCUGAAGGUUAGAGUUCGCUAACUGUUGAAACUAUGGAGUUCUAGCCACAGGAAGCCAGAGAGCAGUUUCAUGCAGGGGUGAGGGUUUAAGUCUAUGCUAAAGGGUCGGAUGUAGUAGGAGCUGGCUGUGUGACUGUUAAUUGCAGAGCAGUGGCUGACGGGAGGAGGGUGCAUUGUUACAGUGAAGGCAGUUUGGAGGGGAUGUGAACAUAGCAUGCUCAGAGGGACCCCUGGGCAGCCUAGAAAUGACUCAUUUGCCACCAACCCAGCCACAGAAGGACAGAGUUCACUGGGGGGAGGAGGAGGGGGUGCCUCAGCUCUGCCACUUCAUCACUAUAGUAUACCAUUAGGAAAUCUGAUCAACUAUGGGCCUCAGUUUCUCCAAGUGUGAAAUGUCAGACACUUCCAGCCAACCAUGGCAUAGGACACCCCUACCUGCCUGAGAACUUACCCUAGGUGAAAAUAAAGCAUCUGUGGUCAAGAAAA